AUGGCUUCUCAGUGGAAGAAGAGACAUUCGCUGUCGGAAGCGAUUUCUGUAUCGCUGGGCUUACAGUCGCAGCCCAACGGAGAUCCAGGUACCUCCCCGUUUACUCGUGGAAAUCAGUUCGCUCAGGGUUCUACUAGUUCACCUCACCAAUAUCUAGGAAGGUCUUACAUGGGAACCUUUUCCCCUCCUGCACCUAUUUCAGAUGAAAGGAUCAUUAGUAGCGAGUCCCAAUCGUCGUUCCGGCCACACGAUCAGGUCCAGUCAAUUCACCAGCCGGUGAAUUUACAUCGACAGACGGCAGCUCUUUCCAACGAGUUCAAUGGGGAGCUGGAACUCGAAAACCAACUGGACCCUUUACAAGAUAUGGAUGAGACAAAGGAUUUGAGAUCAAGCCUCGACGAUACAGAUCUGUUGGUGAGUGAGUCACUCAGGAAUAGGGCUCUUUCCCAAGGCCAAGGACAGGAUGACGUAUCAACCGAAUUAAUGGCGAGACAGCGCAGCGGGGACCUUGAAUAUGGUGCUGUUGACAGGUCGAACGAUCAGUAUGUGUCCUUACAAUCUGCAGAUGACUCCGAUUAUCUCAGCCCCCACGCACCAACUGUCGACAAGAUCACCUUCACCUUAAAAAGAGCGAUAUCCUACAUUCCUUCGGUUAUUUUGGGACUUUUGCUUAACAUUUUGGACGGUUUAUCCUACGGUAUGAUUAUAUUCCCAAUCACGGAGCCCAUUUUUGCUAAUCUGGGAUCAACUGGUCUUUCGAUGUUUUAUGUUUCUUGUAUCGUUUCCCAAGUCACUUACUCUUGUGGCUUGUCUGCCUUCAAGAACGCUAUCGGCAGUGAAAUGAUCGAAAUCACACCGUUUUACCACGCCAUGGCGGCAUCUAUUACCAGUCAAUUGGGCGACCAGAAUGACAGAAUAAUCACCACUACCAUUUUCUGUUACGCUAUCAGCUCUAUUAUGACUGGUGUAGUAUUUUAUGUUCUCGGAAAGAUGAGAUUGGGUAAAAUUGUCAGUUUCUUCCCUCGUCACAUAUUGAUUGGAUGUAUUGGAGGCGUGGGUUACUUCCUCGUUGCCACAGGGUUUGAAGUGACUACAAGGGCAGCAAAGUUCGAAUACUCCUUCGAGUUUUUAUCCAGUCUAUUCACAGAUUUGCCAACUUUCGGCAAAUGGGGUUUAUCUGCGGGCUUAACAAUUACCCUUCUGAUUAUUCAGCACGCAUUUGAAAACUCGCUAGUUCUGCCUACAUUUUAUAUCCUUGCUUUGGUACUUUUCCACUUUAUCGUGGCAUUGGUUCCUAAUCUUUCGUUGGACAGCCUUCGGGACUCUGGAUGGAUUUUCCCUGCCACUGGCUCCAGUGAGAGCUGGUACGAUUUUUACAAGCUUUAUGACAUUCGACUAGUGUGCUGGCCUAUCAUCUUCAAACAGAUUCCUAAAAUGUUGGCUCUCACCUUCUUUGGUAUCUUGCACGUUCCGAUAAAUGUCCCGGCUCUUGCAAUGUCUGUCGGACUGGAUAAAUUUGACGUCGAUCGGGAGCUUAUAGCGCAUGGCUACUCGAACUUUCUUUCAGGGUUGAUUGGGUCGGUUCAGAAUUAUCUAGUGUACACCAACAGCGUGUUAUUCAUUAGAGCGGGUGCCGACGGCACCUUAGCAGGAUUAAUGUUGGCUGCUGCCACCUUUGCUGUCAUGGCAGCGGGUCCUGUGGUAGUAUCUUAUAUCCCCAUCUGCAUUGUGGGAUCUUUGAUUUUUCUUCUUGGCUAUGAGCUGUUGAAAGAAUCGCUUUACGAUACCUGGUCGAAAUUAAACAAAUUUGAGUACGCUACAGUUGUUGUUAUCGUAUUAACCAUGGGUGUCUUCGAUUUUGUAUUCGGUAUUAUUGUUGGGAUAUUGAUUGCGUGUUUUUCUUUCUUGGUGGACAGCACCAAAUUGCAGACAGUCAAUGGCGAAUUUGAUGGCCAGGUGGCGCGCAGCACUGUGCACAGAGAUUACAUUCAAACUCAAUUUUUGAACAAGAUUGGUGAACAGAUCCAUGUUCUGAAGCUCCAAAAUAUAUUAUUCUUUGGAACAAUUCUAUCGAUUGAGGAGAGAAUCGACAAACUAUUGGAAAUCAGUGACAACGACUCUUCAAAACAACGCAUCAAAUUCUUGAUUCUUGACUUCAAGAAUAUCAAUGCUGAUAAUAUUGACUACUCUGCAGCAGAAGGGUUUAAUAGAAUCAAACGAUUCACUUCCACCAAAAGAAUCACUCUAAUCAUUUCUUCCAUCCAAAGUACUGAUAGGAUAUACAGCACAUUCAACAAAGUUGGUUUACUGGACAGAGUUGAACUUUUUGGCGAUCUGAACAGUGCUUUAGAGUGGUGUGAGAAUGAGCUUCUGCUCCAAUUUAAAGAAUUGCGCGCCAAGCCUCGUCUCCAGGCCGAAAAGAAAAGAGAUCGCGCCAUGAGUAGGGCACUACUACCAGCCAACACACCCCGGAACAAUCAAUUUGUGUCUGUCGCACAGAAACUCCUCACCGAUGAACAAUCUAUGCCUAGCUUCAAACAAAGCUAUCGCGAGGAACAGCCAGUGCUCCCUUUGUUAUUUGCCUCCCUGCAGAGAUUUCUGCCGCAAGAUUCAUCUUCCAAUGGUGCUCUGAAAGACUCAGAGUUGCAGCUGUGGUCUGCUCUCGGUAAGUAUUUUGUUAAAACAAAGCUUGCAGCUCAGACCGUGCUUCCUCAUCGCGAGAACAUAUUCUUUGUUAUUGAAAGCGGAAUGGUAAAGCUAACCUACAAUCUUCGUCAGGGCCAGUUGUACGAGGUUAUGUCGGGGAAAACUUGUUACGGGGUAAUGAGCGCUCACAAUUCCAGUUUCAGAGCCAAUCCGGUCUCCUGCGUUGAAGUCUCUACAGAAACAGACUGUUCAUUGUGGAUUAUUGAUGACAAGGGUUUGAACAAGCUUAAGAAGGAUAAUCCCCAGCUUUUCACAGAGGUGUUGCUAAUAACCUUGUGCAUUAAUCAAGAUCGGUUGAAAGAAUUGUUAGGCUACUGUUUAGUAAGUAGUUGA